GCAUUUGUCAUUUGUUAUCCAGAAUGGUAUUGUAUGUGAUAGUCUUUGGUGGUAUGACAGUACGCUGAAGUAAGAUGUAGUCAACAAAGUUUUAUAUGCCCCCUCAAGCGACGGGAUUAUGCGAAUGAAAUUAGCUAGAAUUGUGACUUUUUUUGUAGUGAUCUUGAACGUAAUAGUGCUAUUUUGUAUAUGGAAAUUAUUAUCAACGCUUGACAGAGGACUUUAUGAUUUUAAUCAAAAAACUGAUCUUCCUCCAAAGUCUACCAAUAUAUUUUCAGACGAUAGUAUUGUCACUUUAGUAAUACGAAGAUUCGAAAAUUUUGACAACGAUGUUGUUGGAACUGUUGAAUCAUUUCUACAUCUUUUUCCAAAUCUCAAAGUGGUUGUCAUUAGCGACGUUCUUCCUUAUCCACCCUUCGAUUUCCGGCACUUCAAUCUCUCUUCGAAAGUAAAGUUGCUAGAUUUGGAACUAAGAUUAACUGACAAAUUUGGUGGAAGAAACCCUUUGCUACAAAUUGACACAAAGUAUGUUCUUUUUGCCCCGGAUUCAACGCGCUUCAAAAGUAAGAGGACAUUGUCCAGACUUAUUCAAGAACUUAAAAGUGGUAUCUACAAAGUAUCUGCGGCGUCAUUCUCGUCAAGGAAACCCGCAGAAUGUUUGAAAGUAAGAGUAAAUGUGCGGCAGUGGUAUAUUCACUAUGCACCGUCAACAGACAACGUAUGUGAAGCAGUUACCGGUAAGCACGUAUUGUUGAUCGACAGGCAGUUGCUCGAAAAUCUGCCAGCACCGUUCUUGCUUCCAUUUCCCGAGGCACUGUACAUCCAGUCUUCUGCCAGGAACGUAAAGGUGAAACUGAUACAUGGAGAGACUGUCACUGAUGGCAAACCACUCUUUAGGAGUCAGCAUUUAUUACAGAAGGUUGAACAAUUGGAAGCUGCAAGGCGCCAGCAGAUGUUUCGACAGUUUGGCAUAAAACAGGUGAUUCGUGAAACUGGUGUGACGGAGUGGUAUGGAUGUACUCGUGAAACGCCUCGCUGCUUUGGCACAGUUGUCAAUGAUAUGCCAGAAUACUUGUGGCAAGGUCGUUGGACACCUCCCUGCUGCCUGGCUGGCUUACGUCGUACUGCACUCCACGUUUUCAAACGUCUUGAACAAGACGGUGUACGUUACUGGUUAGAAGGUGGAACUUUGCUUGGUGCUAUGCGUUCUGGUGAUAUAUUGCCAUGGGAUUAUGAUGUUGACAUUGGAGUGUUGCGUGAUGACUUGCACCUUAGUCCAUGGCUUUCAGGUGCACGCUUGCAGCCAGUUAUUGAUGAAGAUGGCUUUGUGUGGGAGAAAGCACGUGAAGGGGACUUCUUCAGAGUACAGUAUAGCCCUGUCAAUCAUUUGCAUGUAGAUAUCUUCCCUUUCUACUCAAAAAAUGGAACAAUGACGAAAGAUACUUGGUUUCCCACUCACAAGCAAGACAGAGAAUUCCCUGAACAUUUCUUGAAGCCACUUUCGACAAUUGAAUUUAUUGGGCGUAAGGUGUCUGCCCCAAAUAACAUAAGGGAUUUUCUAGAAUUAAAAUUUGGGAAAGGAGCUGUGGAAAACCCUGAAUACCCUGAUCCAAAGCGGUUAAAGUUUUCACUUAAUGAAGAACAAAAUUACUUAACAGUUCCAGAAAACUGACUGAAACCUCCUAUUCAUUUCCAGAUUAUAUGUUCUGUAUUAAUAAUUAGAACAAUGUGUCGUACAUUGUGCACAAAACUGGAAAAGCUCAUACUUAAAGUAAAAGGGCUAAGCUCUUUGCUGAAAGUGUGUUGCAGUGUCUUUGUUCCAGUAUGAAACAAACUGUGAUAAAUAUCUUGCAGUAUUACUUUUGCUCUUCACUUAUGAGGAGGAAGGUUAAUGUUUGUUAUAUGUAUAUUUAAUGAUGUUAGCUACUAUGUAUGUAACAAGUUAACAGGUACCCUAUCCAUCAGUAUUAAUUCAUUGAAUUUUUAAAUGUCAAUAAUUAAGUAGCUGCUAAAACUAUACAUCAUAUUACCUUAUACAAUUCCCUUUACUCGAGCUAUUUGAAUUUAUAUUUUGUUAUGAGAGAAAUUCAUUAAAGUGUAUAAACUUAAAUUAUUUUGUGAAAGCUACAUGGGACAAAACUUCAGAUAUUUUAAUUUUUGUAGAAUUCCACACUCUAGUUCCUCCAUUGGUUCGAAUCUAGAAUGAAAGAGGUUUUUUUUAAUAUGUAGUUUUACUUUCAAAUGUUGAUGCAGUGGGUUGGGUCAUCUAUUUUUUGAAACUUUUGCUCCUAACCACCCCCCAACCCAUAGCUCUUCUCUGUUUAAUCUUCACUGCUUUGUAAUUUACUAUUUUUUAUAGCACAUAGAACUGACAUGGGGUGCUUAUUUCUAAGUUUUAAGGAUCCAGUAGUUUCAACGUUUUUGCUCAGUUUUUCUCUGAACUUAAAUCUCUGGAAAAUUUUUGCAUAUGUAUAAAAAAAGGCAAGUCACAUCAUUGUUUUGAUCUUAAAUUUGAGAUCACUCCAUACCUGCCUGGUCAAGUCGGUUCAUAAAUUAGAGGAAAGUAGGCAUUUUGUUUACAUACUGGCAACUGUACAUGGGCAUAUACUAGAAUGGAUUGACUGUAUAGAAACAUAUGUAUUAUUUACAUGUUUUCACAUUAGCACUGAUGCCCACAAAAUACGAUGACCACAGAUUACAGUCUUACAUGUUGGUUCCUUAUUGAUCCUUGAAAGUUAUCCACAUUAACAUUUGUGAAACUGUAAUUGUAUAUAGUAAAUCAUUAUCAGUCGUGUUCCAUACACACUUAAACACAAGAGAGAAUAGUGGUUUUUGUUAGAGAUGUGAAACUCCGUAUUUUAUGAGGAAUGUUAUCUCCUACUGAAGUUUGUUGCACCCUUUUACUCCUCUAGAAUUAAGAUGUCAGAUUCCAUUACUUUUGUGUUCUUUCUUUUGCUUUUGUGUAUGAUGAUAGUUGUUAGUUAGAAUCUGUUUUAAAACACUAAUAAUUCCCAUUGGAUGCACAAUACAGGCAAGUUACACAUUUCGAAGAAGAAGAAGAAGAAUUAACUCCUCAAGAAGCAAUUUGUCACUUUGUUAUUUUGCAAACUGCUCGUAUUUUAAGUUCAGGCCUGUCUUGAAGAUAUGAUUGCCAGUUGCCCCCACUGAGAUAUUUUAUAAUUUUUGACAGAAUGGUAGUAGGCAAGGUAGGUACAUCAGUGCAUUACAUUAAAUGUACAAACGUUCGUCGCUGCAUCGUCUGUAUGUGGAUGACUGGCAAGCUUCUGUGGAGGCCCUUUCACCCGCAUAUGGGUGUCACUCUUCUUAUUGUAAUGUAGUAAGCACUGAAAUGUAACUAUAGGAUAUACAACAUAAACAUACAAACAAUAUACCUACUCAGAAUACUAUACAUUUUGUUCAUUUAUAUUUAGGAUAACAUAUUACAUUAUACUAUGUUGUAUGGCGUUCAUUAAAACAUGCUAAACAGAUUUGAGGUGAUGUUGGAUUAUUGUAAUAAUAGGUAAACCCCCCCCCCCCCCCCCUGUUUGGUAGUUUGCCUCUUCUGGUAACAAAGGGUGCACUUCCUUCAUAUAGGCUUGUCCUGCUGAUUGUUAUGAAUCUCUAACUGGUGCAUCACAUUCCUUGUUUUAUUUCUGUUACUGUCGGGCAUAGCAUUUUCUGUGAACAACCAUUUGGUAAUGAUUUUCCUGAAAUUUUCUUAUGCCUGGUUUUGUAUUUGUGGCUCUCUGGUACACGGAGCAAGCAUUUACUGUAUUUGUUCCUAAAAGCAUAUGCAGUGCUAAUUUCUGAUACCACUUGCUAACCUUCCUUAUCACUGUGGCAUAUGACAAUCUGGUCACCUCUGCCAGUGCUAGGUUUUCUAUUAGUGUAUGCUAGUAUCACCAAAGGCUGUUUCGGAGGACGACCUCUUGUGUGACAUUGUAAUAGGUGCAUGUUUUGUUGAUAACAUACUAAAAUUGUCAACAUCUCUCCCUUUUAGCACCACAAUACCAUUAUCAUAUUUUGCUGUCAUUUCAUCUCUCUUCAAUGGGUAUGACAUUACAAAACGUAGCAUAAACCUUUUGUUGUACUGCACAGUUCCAGUGAUUUGAAUUUUAGACAUUGGCUACUAAUUCAUACCUCUUGUAAAAGUUACCAACAAAAUUCUUCCUUCAUUUAGCAAUUCACCUAUGGGUUCACUGCAAGCAUUUUCAGCUGUGCCAUCUUGCUUUCUUCCAGUGGUGUCUAAUCAAGAAUAUAUUUUCACACACUGUGUAUACCUUUCAUGGGGCACUGUUUGAAAAGUUUUUCAGCAUACUUACGCAAUUUUGUUGGUAUGUACUGCCUGAACUUCAGUCAUUUGCUCCAAGGAACCAUGGUCUCGUCAACUACAGUAUCUUCAACUGGUGAAAAGACUUUCUCCGUCAACAUGUUUAGGAAUGGUAAAACUUAUCUGAUACUCUCAUUUUUAGUUUCAUUAUUUGUGAAAUGCAAGUUUGCUAACAGUAAUUCAAAACGAUUACCGGACAUGCUGCUGCAAGGAAAUGGAAAGUUGUAAAUAGGGUCCAUUGACCAACAUCUUAUGAACGGUAGCUGUACUAGAUCCAUCCAAAUAAUCAGUUGUAUGAAAUUUCUAAUUUCCUCAGUCUGUUCAGUUGAACAUGUUUAGUCAUUUCAGUUUGUGCCCUGCUUAUUUAUUAGUCUCUCUGACUAAAAGGCUUAUCACUUUGUCAUUUAAGAAUCGCAAAAGCACUUCACCUAAGCUAAUGUCACAUAGCAUAUCCAAUCAGAAGCCCACCUUUUCUAGUGAAGGGAAAUGACUAUUGCCUGUUAGAGAAUUUGUUCAUAGAGUUCAGUCCCUCUUCUUCAUCUGCAGCAAGUUCUUCCAACAUGUCAUUGAGAUCUUUACUAGCAUAUAAUUGCUCCAAAUAAGAAUCUGAACUCGAUGAAAUUUUGUUCAUCACUUUUUAUCUCUAAUGCACUACUAUGUCAUCACUACUUUCUUCACUUUGACUCAGUCUUUUAUGCUGUCAAAGAUACAAAGGCCACUGGUGUGUGUCUCAGAGUAUGCUUCUUGACUUGAUGACAAAUCUGUGAUAAUUGCAGUGAGAUCACAGGCAGUGCUCUGGCCAAAGCGUUUAUUGCUUCCCACAUUUUGGAACUGAGAACUUCGUUCUUUGUAAUGAGUCAAGGGCUGUGGGGCAUUAAGUCACCGGCAACUUACUGCCCUAUUUGAGUUACAUCGUUGCUAUUCCCACUUAUCGCUUUGUUUACUUUCCAGCAUUCCAACAGUUGGCUUUGGGUCCUGCAUGAAACUCAACUGAAUUGCGCCAGGUGACGAAUGUGGUAAACUGGAGUUUAUGUAGGUGUAAUAUGCAGCCAGUCACUUUUUGAAUUUGGUUUGUCGUCUUGUACCAUUAAUAACAAUAAUGGAAACUUCUGGAUGGAAAAAUACAUAAAAUUGGGGAAAGGCAACCAUUUACCUAUGAGGAUUGUGCGCCAUACAUGAGAAAUAAUGUAAUAGAAAACAUUGAACACUAGCUUUCAAGCUCUUGCUCUUUUUCUAGUAGGAAUACACACACCAACUUUUAAUGUGUGUACUCAUACUAGAUAAGAGCAAGUGUGUGAAAGCUAGUGUUAAGCAUUUUCUGUUGCACAUGUGUGUGCCACAUACCAAUCCUCUGUACACACACACACACACACACACACACACACACACACACACACACACACACACACACACACACACAAAACGUAAACUCAAAGUCAUGUUAUUGUUGAGUUUUAUUUAAUAGAUUUUCGAUAAAGAAUAAUUCUCUGUAGUUUAACGGAAUAGUAAAUUACUCUAAGAAAGCUGAGGGUGCAAACAACAAAUGAGAAUUGCCAAUAGGCAAUCAGUGACCUGAAUACAAAUGAUGGGUGGCCCUCUGAAACACUUAAUUGUUCAUGUUAUAAUAAUAUGGCUCUGAAUGGUAAAAGCUCUGGUGAUCUAGUGGGUAGGGCACUUGUGUCUAUCUCUUUCAGGUCCUAGGUUCAAUCCUGAGUAGGACAAUAUUUUGGAGCAGUUAGUCUCGUGAUCAUCAAAUGUCAUGCUGUAAAUUAUUGGACCUUAUUGUAGGAUUCAGCACCUUUUUCCUAUUUGUAUAUAAAUGAAUAUGCCUUGCUGUAGUUGUUAUUUAAUUUAUUGUUUAGACCCAAAAAACUUUACCACAGAGAAAUUAUCCAUGUUUUUGUCCAUUUUUUUACAUAACUUUAUUAUUCUGUAUACCACUGUUCAGCAUAUUGUGUGGGAUUCUGAGUAUAAGUAUUUUUCUUCAUUAAUUCAUGGAUGCUUUGCAGAAAAAAGGUUACUUACAUGAUUAUUCACUGACAUGUCUAGCUUUGAAAUUCUGAUUCUUAUGCAGCACGACUGCAGUACAAAUAGCAUAUACAAGAGGAACUAUUGUGUUGUGCACAUUAAAAGACAGUAAGAAUUGGGAAGACAAACAAAAGAAAUAAACUAACUGGUAACAAAAUAAGAUGUAGUAUUUUAACAUUUUUAGAGUUUAUUGGUAAUUUCAGUCACCGUCUUCACAAAAAUCUCAGAGCCUUUCACAUAGGACAUGAGAGACUCUGUGCUCCAGAUCUUUUUUGUGACGUAUCGGAUUUAGUAUUUUAUAAAUUUACUGUGUAAUCUGUAGCAACAGUGCUUUUCCAAGCUCCCAGCUGUGAAUAACAGUUACUGUAGACGAUAUACAUCAAAGUCGCGAGUAGAGUUGAUGCUUCAAUUUUUUUCCACAGUAUUUCAGUGACUGAGUCUGCCUUCACUCUCUGAUUCUGCAAGCAUAUGUCUUUUGUAUUAACUCAUCUAACACAAUUAUUAAUAGGUCCUAAUAAAAUGAAUGUCACUCAUUAAAAUAUUAUGCAAAAAAAUGGAGAUGUCAACUCUGAUGCACAAUGAGAAAGUUUACAGCGACAUGGAGAAAACUGCAGAAAUCAGAAAAACUUUCACCAUUAUAUAAUGACUUCGCACUACGCAAUGAAAGUUAUUAUGUUUUGCCAUUUAUGAUGUCCUUUCUGUACAUUUCACUUUUUUGAUCCUCAAAAAUGUGUAGCAUUUCAAAUUUAAUCUCCAUUAUAUUAAUGCCAGUGUUGUUGUUGACUGAUUUCUGCUCAUUCUUUAACCACUGCAGAUAUUUCAGUCAUCAUAAAUCUAGACAAAAGUAAGAAACAAAAUAUUCAAGCUAAAAUUCAUAUGCACUAUAGAAAUAAGUUUUUGUUUUAUUUUAUUGGUGCUGUCUUGAUGUAGUGUUAUUACCUUUGGCACUUUCUGUGAAUUUUCAGUAACUGUUUUCUCUGAGUGUUAAUGAUGUUCCUGAUUAAUAUUCCUGGUCAUGGUAACCGAGGAAAAAUGCAGCGGCUUUACUGGAUCUGUAAUAGUACCAUGUUUAUCUAUGUAUAGAAACCAUGAGUGUUCACAAUUAUUUCUCCAUACUAAUUAUACACUAACAGAUGUAUACAUAAGUAAUGUUUUCACUUUUUUGCUCACCUACAAACCCAAAAAAACUACUUUUUUCAAAGAGGAAUGAAUAUUUAAGUAUUUCCUGAAACUCUUUGUACAAAUUUUACCCAUGCCAAGGAUGCUAGUGUACUGUUGUGUGCCAUCUUUGUUGAAGUGCCAAAACUGUAUCUAAUUAAUGUACAUUGUAAAUAUAGUGCUGUUAUGUACAGAGAUGUCUCAGUAUAUAAAAAUAAAAUCACUAAACUUUGUUA